AGAAAGAAAGAUACAGCAAGAACUUUUUGACGAGGAUGGGAUUCGAACCCACGCGAGCAGAGCCCAGUGGAUUAGCAGCCAAACACCUCGACUACAAAGACACGCCGCAAGGUGACUUGUUCGUCUCUUCUCUGGCUGGCUUGACUCGGCUGGUUGACUCGCUUCGCCUCCCCUGACAUGCGGGACUGUGUGGGAGGGGGCCGGAGGUGCUUGCCCUCUUUUCAGAUUCUUACAGUCUUACUUUGCCUCCGCCGCGUCCCCCUCUCUGUGCCAUCCACCCCAUCCUUCCAGAGAAUUCGCCUCUGGUAGACUCGGAAAUUCCUUUUGUUCUGAAGACAGCCCUGGGGAGAUGCCCCGCUAACCCGCCGGUGGCUGGGCUGGCUUGUUAGAGGGACCUGCCCUCUCUCCCUUACAUCCCGAGGGGCGGAGCAUCGCGACUCAAAGCAGGCUGGGAACUGGACACGUUACCUUAUAAAAGAGAGCCGGCGAUGGCAUCCACGCUAUAGGGGAUAACCUAGCGACUACUCUUCACAACCACUUGAUCUCCAACUGCAGUGACAUCAUGAGGCUGCAGUUCGUACUCGUCGGGCUGCUACUGUGCCUGUACACGGCACAAGGAACGCCGCCCCUCUUCCGCUGGCUGCCCAACCUGUUCACCCCGCCGUCGCUGGCCAACCUGCUGCCGUUCCCGCUGGCGCUGCCCCUGGCCCUCGUGGGGCCCCUGCCGUUUGCGCUGCCCCUCUUAGUCGGUCUCAAGGGCGCCGGGCUUGUCGGCGUGGGCUUCGCCACCGGAGGAGCCGCCGGUGCCGGCCUUGCCGGACUCGGAGCCCUUGGUCUCAAGGCUGCCCUGAUCAACUCGGCUGCUCUCAAGAUCGCCGGCUUGGGUGCCAUGACUGCCAAGGCUAAGCUCGUCACGGCUGCUGCCAAGGCCGCGGCCGAAGCCGGAGUCAAAGCUGUUGUCCAACAGGCCAAGUCGAAGAUCGCAACUGCGCCCGUCGUUGCACGCGUAGCUCCUGCCGCACCAGUCGUCGCAGCGCCAACUCUCCCCGUUGUUCCUGCGGUUACCAACGUGAAGAUUAUUAAGACGCCGCCAGUCAUCACUGCCCGCCCCGUGCCCGUUGACCCAUGGAAGGUCGGCGCCGCUCUGCCAGCUGGUUGGGACCACUCUAUCAUCUACGGACACCCAUUCUUCGGAUACGGCUUCACUAGGAGCGCCAUCGAACUCCGCAAACUCCCCGCGCGAAAUGCAUGCCCUACGGAGCUGAUCCACAGGCGUCGCCUGCACCGUCUACGGCGCCGCUCGCUUGGUGACGCUGAAGGCCAAACGACCGUGGUGACUCCUAGCGGAAGCGCGCUGUCUAUACGAGCACGGCGCAGGGAGGCCCCCGUGACCGACGCCGCCGCAGCAGGGAUGAACCCGCAGAUGCUGAAGAACAUCUUCGAGUACGUGACCAGCUACGACGCCGAGCGUUGCGUUCUGCGCGUGGUCUGCGAGGUGGCUGCCCAGCCUAGCCUUGCCGGGCCCCAGGGCAGGAACGUCGCCGAUUUCAUGACAUCUCUGUCCAAGGACGACUCCGGAGCCCCCUGGAUGCCGUACCGCGACGCCGCCCUCACCGGCCAUGUGUCCGCUGACCGCACCCGGUGCCACGAGCGCUACCCGACGUGCUCCCAGUCCACCGAGACGCUCGUCAAGAUGGCGCAGACCAGGAUCGCUCAGGUUUCCGAGUCUGUGAGCGGGGCCGCUACCAGAAUCUAAAUCCUGUUCAUGCCGGCGAUCAUGGACCACGGCGACCGCCGACCGCAACCAUCGGCAGUGUCGCCGCUGUGCUCCAUGUCUACAAAGGCACUUCGUCAACGCACGAACAAGGAUCGCACAGGCAUCAGCUACCGGUGGUGCUACAGGUGCAUACAUCCUCGUCAAUCCGCAGCUGUAUAUUACUACAGCUACAAAUGUUAAUAUUCAAUGUACAUAGCUAGUAACGACAUCUAUAAUGAACCAGUGUUGUAGUGAAUCAGUGUUAAUGAAUCGGUGUUGUCGAUUCUACUGAAAUAAAAAGUACUAUGUGGA